AUGGGGAAAUUUCAGUCCAAGCACGCCGCCGCAGCCAGCAAGCGGAGAGAGAGCCCCGAAGGGGACAGCUUCGUGGUGUCCGCGUAUGCGAGCGGCCGCAAAGGCGCGGAGGAGGCGGAGCGGCGCGCUGGCGGCGGCGUGGAGCACCGCGCGCGGGACAAGCAGGAGCUGCCCAAUGGGGACCCCAAGGAGGGGCCUUUCCGGGAGGAUCAGGGUCCCCUUGAAGUGAUGCUCCCCCCUGAGAAAGCUGAGGGCCGAGAGGGCCCAGGACAGCUCUUCAGCGUGGAUGAUGGAGAAAGGGCAACAGGUCGCGAGGGCCCACGAGGACCAGGCAAGAAGAGCUUGAAUAUUGAUGCCCUCCAGUGUGACGUCUCAGUGGAGGAGGACAACCGCCAAGAGUGGACGUUCACGCUGUAUGACUUUGACAACAGUGGGAAGGUCACCAGAGAGGACAUGUCCAGCCUGAUGCACACUAUCUACGAGGUCGUUGAUGCCUCUGUCAACCACGCGUCGGGCAGCAGCAAGACCCUCCGUGUGAAGCUGACGGUCAGCCCUGAGCCGCCCAGCAAGAGGAAGGAGUGGUCCCCUGCCGGUCAGGACCGGGAGCCCACACGUGGCAGAACGGAGAGUGAAUUCACCGAGGACCCUCGGAUGGCCGACAGGAGGCUGUCUGCCCACUGCAGGAGGCCCAAUGCUGACCCACAGUCCUGCUCUGUACGGGGGCCCUACUGUGUGGACGAGAACACAGAGCGCAGAAACCACUACCUGGACCUCGCUGGGAUCGAGAACUACACGUCUAAGUUUGGUCCCGGGUCACCGCCAACACAGGCCAGACAGGAGCACCACGGCAGGGCCACACACCUCCCAAGCAGGUCUCGCUCCCAAGAGUCUGAUGCUUAUGCCAUGUACCACCGCAGAUCCCAGGUGCUGGCAGAGCACCUGGUUCCAGCUGCAGAGCCUGCUGCCCGGGCCCUGGCUGCACAGCCCCGGCUCAAGGGGCCAGAGAAGCAGUUCCUCAGGUCUCCCAAGGGUCUGGGGAAGCCAUCUGGGGUGCCAGGCAGCAGCAAGCCUGGAAAAGCCCUUGGCCACUGCCUGCCAGCUGCCCCUCCACCCCAGGCCACUCAGGAUGGCCACCACCUCCCACAGCCCCCUCCGCAGCCCCCGCCACAGCCCUACGGCCACAAACGAUACCGGCAGAAGGCCAGGGAGGGUCACUCGCCACUCAAGGCUGUGCACGGCCAGCCCGCCGUGGUGGAGCAUGAAGUGGUGCGGGACCUGCCGCCCAUGCUGGGGGCCGAGGGCUACACGGUGCCUAUGAUCCAGCGACAUGAACACCACCACCACCACGAACACCACCACCACCACCACCACCACCACUUCCACCCAUCCUAG